AUGUCAGAUAAGUUGUUUAAAAUCGAUUGUGGUUACCAAAAUUACGACUGGGGUAAGGUUGGAUCCAGUUCCGCCGUUGCACAAUUUGCAUCCAGUGCUAAUCCUAAUGUUAAGAUUGAUGAAUCAAAACCAUACGCCGAAUUAUGGAUGGGUACUCAUCCUUCUGUUCCAUCAGUUGCUGUGGAUGCCGGUAAAUACUCGGGUAAGACUUUGAGAGAUUUGGUUGGAGAAGAACCGGAAAAGUACUUACAUAAAUCAAUUAUAGACAAAUUUGGAUCUUCUAAGGAAUUACCGUUCUUAUUUAAGGUUUUAUCUAUCGAGAAGGUGUUGUCUAUACAAGCACAUCCAGAUAAGAAAUUGGGAGCGCAAUUACAUGCUGCUGAUCCUAAGAACUACCCAGAUGACAACCAUAAGCCAGAGAUGGCUAUCGCAGUCACUGAUUUUGAAGGAUUCUGUGGGUUCAAGCCAUUAGUAGAGUUGGCCAAAACGUUGCAAACUAUUCCAGAACUUAAGGAAGUGAUUGGAGACGAAAUAGUCUCUGAGUUUGUUUCAGGAAUCAAGCCAGAAGCUGAAUUAGGUUCGCAAGAAGAUUCGGCCAACAGAAAGUUGUUACAAAAGGUGUUUGGUAAAUUGAUGAACACCGACGAAGCCAUCAUCACCAAGAAGGCCGAAUCUUUGGUGGAAAGAACAAAGUCCGAGCCAGAAUUAUUCGGUGUCAUCUCCCCUAAAUUGUCGGAAUUAAUACAACGCUUGAACAAGCAAUUUCCUAAUGACAUUGGGUUGUUCUGUGGAUGUUUGUUGUUGAACCACGUUUGUUUGGUUGCUGGUGAAGCUAUGUUUUUGCAAGCCAAGGACCCUCAUGCGUACAUCAACGGAGACAUUAUGGAAUGUAUGGCUGCCUCUGAUAACGUCGUCAGAGCAGGAUUCACCCCAAAGUUCAAGGAUGUCGAUAACUUGGUUGAAAUGUUGACCUAUUCAUACGAAUCAGUAGACAAGCAAAAGAUGCCUUUGCUUCCAUUCAACAAGUCUAGAGGAGAUGCUGUCAAGUCUGUCUUAUAUGAUCCUCCAAUCGCUGAAUUUGCUGUUUUACAAACCAUCUUCGACAAAAAGGCUGGCGCAACCCAACAUUUCGAUGCAUUUGAUGGUCCAUCUAUUUUCAUCUGUAUUAAUGGUAAUGGAUCUGUAAAGAUUAAGGGUGAAAGUGAUGCUAAACAAGUGAAUGUCGGUGAUGUUUACUUUGUUGCCCCAGGUGUCGAAGUUGACUUGGUUUCUGCUUCCCUGGAUGAACAAUUCACUACAUACAGAGCGUUUGUCGAAGCAGAAUAA